CCCUUUAUAUACCUCCACACCCCCACUCUCUCUCUCUCUCUCUCCCAUAGAUAACAACAACAAAGUCCCAGUCACUCACCAAUCAUCAUUGCUAACACUACCACUCCAAUUAGUAAAUACACUCCCUCAAACAAUGGAAAUGGAAGCAAGCCCCAAGCAAAUAGUGGCAAGGAAGCUAUGGAACAUAGGACGCAUAGUGUUCCUGAUGUUGAGAAAGAGCAAACUCGCCGCUGACUUCAACCUCAACUUGUUGCUCAAACGCGGCAAGCUCGCCGCCACAAAGGCCAUAGCCAACACCAUCCUCACGCUCCACCUCCACCGCUCCCAAAACGACGAGGACGCCGUUUAUUACCCGCGCGACUACGAGUUCAGCUGCAGCAACAGCCCCGCGCUCUUCCACGUCAUCAAACGCAGCACCAAUAAGCACCACCGCCGCCGCCACCGCCACUACGACGACGACGUUUCCACCGUUCAGAAAGUGCUCGAAAUACUCAACAACAACAACAACAACAAGGUCGCUACUGCUUCUCCGUUACCCGGGUUCGGAAAGAGUCCAAUUGGGAGAAAACUGAGAAUCACGGACUCACCCUUCCCUUUGAAGGACGAGGAAGGUGGGGACAACCAGGUUGACGUUGCGGCUGAGGAGUUUAUCAAGAGGUUCUAUAAGGACCUCGACUUGCAGCAGAAGAUGGCUGCUAUUGAGUCACCCUACCGUUAUAACUUAUGGGGCAGAUGAGAAAAUAUUGUCACCUUUUGUUAUCCAUAAACUAUUCUUGUAUGGUUUCGAACUAUCACGUGUUUUUACCUGCUAUAUAUAUAGUCAGUUUUUGAAUUCACUAGAAAAAAUUACUAAUACUUGAUUAUAUAUAUAUAUAUAUAUAUAUAUAUUAGUUGAAAACUAUCAGGAUCAUAGAUUGUGAUGUGGUAUUGGAUCAUGUAAUAAUUUCUCUUUUAUCAUUA